ACGGCAAAUUCUCAGAAUGAGACAAGGCUUUCCCAGGGCAGUCAUUGGUUCUCUGGAUCUAUAAAGCAGGUUCAUCCAGAAACAGCCUCAGGUUUUUCUAUCCUGGAGAUAGCCAGAAGUGAAUGGGCAUGGAGCGGCGGGCAGCCGGGGAGCUGCGCGGCGUUGACGCGCUGCGGCGCCUCCAGGGGCUGCUGCUGGACCGCCGCGGGCGACUGCACGGCGAGCUGCUGCGCCUGCGCGAAGUGGCCCGGCGCCUCGAGCGCCUCCGCCGGCGCUCCCUGGCGGCCAACGUAGCGGGCAGCUCGCUGAGCGCCGCGGGCGCCGUGGCCGCCAUCGUGGGGCUCUCCCUCAGCCCCGUCACCCUGGGGGUCUCGCUUGUGGCAUCGGCCGUGGGGCUCGGGGUGGCCACCGCCGGAGGGGCCGUCACCAUCACGUCCGACCUCUCUCUGAUCUUCUGCAAUUCCCGGGAGCUGCGGAGGGUGCAGGAGAUCGCGGCCACCUGCCAGGACCAGAUGCGCGAGAUCCUGGGCUGCCUCGAGUUCUUCUGCCGCUCUCAAGGCCGCGGGGACCGCCAGCUGCUGCAGUGCGGGAGGAACGCCUCCAUCGCCCUGUACAACUCUGUCUACUUCAUCGUCUUCUUCGGCUCACGUGGCUUCCUCAUCCCCAGGCGGGCCGAGGGGGCCACCAAGGCUAGCCAGGCCGUGCUGAAGGCCAAGAUUCAGAAACUGGCAGAGAGCCUGGAGUCCUGCACGGGGGCUCUGGACGAACUCAGUGAGCAGCUGGAGUCCAGAGUCCAGCUCUGCACGAAGAGCAGGCGUGGCCACGACCUCAAGGUCUCAGCUGAGCAGCCGACAGGGCUGUUUUUCUGAGAACAUCCUUUCCCCCUAAUGACCACGGCCAGAAGCCAUCCCCAUGGGAUGCUCCAGAUUUGUAACUCCCCCAGGAAAACACCCAGUUGGGUCAGGAGCUGAAUGCAAAGGAUGAGAAAACCUGUUCUUGAAGUCGGGGGUGGGGGGAGUGUCGUCUCAUCCUCUUUUCCCAUCCCCGCGACAUCCUGGCUAGGGUUGAGUGCUAGGGACUUUUUACUUGCCUGAUCCUAGUGGGAUAUGUGACCUGAAGACUGUUUUUCCUUUAUCAGACCGCUCAGUCUUCCUGACCACCACUGGGCAAUCCCAUUUUGAAGUUGUGGGGUUCCUGCUGCUGCCCUGGUGGUUUGGGUCCAGGUUGGAGAGGGCGCGGACACCUCCACCCUCUGGGUCCUCUCUAAUCCCCAUUAGGCUUUACGAUCUUUAGGAUGCCUUUGAGAGGGGACACUAGCUUUAAAACCUCUCGUCUAGAGUUUCUGAGUACAAAGAACUCCAGAAUCCUGGGCAAAUCAGAGCCCCUGAGAACUGAGUAGGGUAACCUUCAUGACCCAAGAGAGGCCAGGCCCCUCAGCUGUCAGGCCGUCCCCACCCUGUCUCAGCCUGCCCAGUUCACAGAUCCAGACAAGGGUGGAGUGGGUGGAUGGCGCCAUCUAGGCCCCAGCCCCUUGCAGGAAGAAGCGGAAGCUAAGGAAGAUGAAGCGACUAACAGCUUCAUUUGCUGACAUCCUAGUGCAGAGAAGAGGGCAGUGGCUUUUGAAUUAGACAUUCCAGGGCCAGUUACAGGCUGUCACUAAUAUGUGACCUUGGCCACUUCAUCUCUCUGAGCCUUGGCUUUCUCGGUCUGCAAACCAGAUGCUGAAACCUCUGUUGUGAAGUAUGGAGUUAAAGUGCCAAGCACAGCAUCUGGUUCCCAAAGUGUGGCUCCUGGACUGCCAGCAUUAGCAUCAGCGGGGGAACUUGUUAGAAAGGCAGAUUCUUGGACUCAGCUCUCGAUUUAAGGAAUCAGAAAUUCUGGAGGUGAGGCCCAGCAACCUGUGUUUAAAAAGCCCUCAGGGUGAUUCUUUUACCUGCUAAGGUUUGAAAACCAAGGCAAUGGAUGUUGGUUUCUGAUCCCCUCCAUGAGCUUUCGUGAAGUCUCAUGGCCUCUCUAGGGGCUCCGUGGUCUCCAGAGUCAUUCACAGAAGGUCAAGGUCAGACUGUGUCCCAGAACUAGAAAGGAAGAAAAUGUGUUGCGGAAGGUGUGUGUGUUGGUGGGGGGGUUGUCCCGUGUCGGCGUCCUGGGGCGUCCUGGGUUGUCCACUGCGUCAACUAGGUAUGUAACAUAAUAAGCCCUGUAGAGGGCAGUGUUGCCCACUCAUUGUAGAAAGUGGUACAGAAGGGAACGUGAACUUCAUGGAAACUGACCAUUAUUACCUUCUCUGAAAACUGCCAGAACGUGUGUUUUUUAAAAAUGUGUUAUAAAUAUGUUAUUUAAUUACUGUUUAUUAUUUGCAUUUAGUUUUAUUUAAUCACCACACCCAUUUAGAAAAUAAUAGGAAUAGCAAGUGUCUGAAUGGGAGACUACUGAGGCUGUAUUCAAGAGAUGAAGCUGAGGGGGUGUGUGAGCUGGAAAUAGCAUUGCCAUCUUUUAUUUAAUCUCUCUCCUUCAGGGGAGAUUUUUGACUUGUGGGAUAUAGAAAUGAUGCAAGCAUAUUUAUCCUGAAGGUACUUUGCCAACAGAUUACCCUUGACCUGAAAAGAAAACCUAUUUAGCUCAGGGAAAAAAAAAAACAGAGGCAUGUGAAGGAAACACUCAGACUUGGAAUCCUGAUGUCCUAUGAAGUGACAUCUUAUGGGUUUAGACAAAACAGCUUGUGUUACAGAGGUGAUGUGUCAUAUUUUCACUUUGGGAGCUGUAAGAAAUCUGUAAGCUGUCUCUAAGAAAAUACUUAUAAUUUCUUCAAUUUCCAUUCCUACAACUGUAAUGUUGAAAUAUAUGUUGAAAACUUUUUGAGGCCACACACAUGCAACUUGGCUGUAUUAUUGAAUUGUUAACAUGCUUCAAAUCUACCCAGUCUUGCCUUAUGCUUCCCAAUGAUGGCAGUGUGUCUGAGGAAGAAUAAUUUCAGUGCUGGGGUAGGGAGGGGUUAGUGGUUGUAUUAUUAUUUUUUUCCUAUGAACUGCAAUCAAUCUGUGUUCUGGCUUAUGUUGAAGUUGGUACUGGUUUCUUUUUAAACUGGUGUCAUUUCCUAGAUGACAUUGUACCGAUGCUGACAUUUUAGAUCACCAGAAUGUACUUCACGUUGUUGUGUGUGUUAGGUCAUAAAGGUACAACUACUCCCUAACUCCAUUUUUUUAUUAAUGCUUAGGUGUGAAUUAUGGUCUUCCAAUGCAUGAGCUCUUCCCUAGAAAUAAACUGGGUAUUGUAGAAAGCAGCAGCACUGACUUUUCCUAUUAUUAAGGUAUUUUGAGUAUAUCAAAGUCCUAAACCCCCGAAGUCAUAAUUUCAGUGGCUCACUUUAUAUCCAAGGGAGAGUGUCUACUUUGGAACAAUACUUUGGAACAGUACAUAAGAGGGGCUCAACCAAUGCAUUUGAAUAAUUUAAUAAACUCUUAGCUAUAUCUUAAUAGGAAUAUGUUGAUCAUGAAAGAUUACCCUUCAUUUUAUGUGUCUGUUAUAAAGAUUGGAGGCUCUACCAGAAUUCAAGUUCAGCUAAGUGGAUCCUAGAAACAAGUAUUUAUUUAUUUCUUUUGUGGGAAUGUGAAUUAGGCUUUUCCCUAAGGCCUUCAUUCUAUAAACAAACAGAUUGAAAUGGUAUUUGUAAAGAGAAGAAAGGAGAAGGGUAUUUAGAUUACAAGCGUACUUCAGAAAAAUGUCCAAGUUUGAAAAAUAAAUAUUUGUCCUAAGGUU